ACCAGCUCUUCAGUGGUUCCUGUAACAUACCAAGUGCCCAGAAAAACUUACAGGGAUUUCCAUGCCGACAUAUAUCCAGACACUCCAGGUUAUAAGACUGAUUUGGUAUCCUCAGACUGGUUUCAAGGUACCAACAUUCCAUUACAGAAAAUGUCACUAGAUCCAGCUAAGAGAGAACACGGGGAAGAACCCAUAGUGAUUCAUCGAGGAACUUUGCAAGAAAUGCGAGAAGAGUACAAAAACAGAAAAAUACAUGCAAAACCCGAACCCAAGGCCAAGCCCGUGCCUGUGCAGAAAAUCGAACAGCAUCCAGUAAAAGGGAUUAUCAAAGACUUCGAAAAGGACAACAAGCAAAUCGAAGAAGAAAAAAAUAACAUCAAUAUGAAAAGUACGGAAGACGAUGGGGAGAAGAUUCCCUCUAUAAUCCCCCCCAAGCCUUUACCAAGGACAUCCAGAACGAGCUCAAUGUGCGAUUCCCAACCCGCCGAAGAUGCAAACAGUGCCCCCAAACCCGUUGCUAGACCCCGAACAAACAGUUGUGUCCCUGUCGUUACGUCUGUUAGUCCUGUUGCGCCUGUUUCAGGAGGAUAUAAGGUUAUUAAUGUGGUCUUUGAUGUUUAG